GUCAGGGAAGAACACCAUCACACUGAAAGUGAAGAGUAUGUUCAGUUAGGCAAAGUUUUAUGGUUGUAGUUUAUUUUAGACAGAAGUCUGAACCCGACACUGGAGCCCGUCUAGGAGCGCAGCAGAGAGAUCAUUUAGUGGACAGUGUUUUGGUUGACAAGCCGUCAGUAUUUCUCUGUUGUAGGAACUGAGCAGGAAAGUCUCCGUGUUGCUGCAGCUCGGAUAACUAAAUUCACUCGGACAGUGACGGACAGCGAAGGAGGAGCUGCGGAAAUGUGUUAAAUGUGUUAAAUGUGUUAAAUGUGUUAGUACCCGCUCUUUAUUCCUGUAAAUUACCUCUCCAAACCAAAUAUGGCCAAACACAAAACAUCCAAGAAAAUGCUCAUCAUUGAGGAUGAUGACCCUGUAGAGGAGCCAAAAGAGGGUGGGGAUGAACUGAACCCCUUCUCUUUUAAAGAAUUCAUACGGAGCAAAAAUCAACAGUUCAGCACCACUGAUGGCCUUGAGAAAACAUAUGGCAGUGCCUGUCAAGCAAAGGACGAAUAUAACUACCCCAGAGGCCUCGACCACAGACAUAAGGGUCAGUUUUUCACAGAUCCUUCAUUGCUUGGUCAGUCCUUUGAUAACGAACCUGAUGAUGAGUGGACUGAAAGUUAUCAGCCCUCAGCAGUUGAAGAGGCGCACGAGUUAGGACUGUGUGGCACAUUGAAAAGCGGUGCUUACCUGGAUCACUCAUUACUGUCCAACGAAGACAAGGAUGACACGGAAAAUGAGUGGGCGCUAGACGAGGGCUUCUCACCAGAGACUCAUUUCCACAGGAGAAGCACUGGCAGCUAUGAAGGAGAUGAGGAGACAUCAGUCAUUGAUAUCUCUUACCACACUAAAAAAAGCAGUGCAGAGAAUGGGGUUAGGGACCAGCAAAAGCUGAGAGAAGAAAAUUCUCAACUUAGGAAACAAAUCAAAGAACUGAUAAGGAAGUCAGAGGCUGACUCUACAAAGAUCAGACAACUCACAGAUGAGUUACACAACCGAAAGUUGCAAGAGGAGAGAGAAGCCAAAGCCUUAGAGACAAUGGUGCAAUCUGUGGAACAAAACCUUCAGCUAAUGACGAAACGGGCUGUUAAAGCUGAGAACAAUUUAUCUAAAUUGAAGCAAGAGGUCCAGCAACUCCAGAACCAGCUAGAGGGAUACAAAUGUGAAAAUGAGCGGCUUCGAGCAGGAGAAACUGCUGCCUUAUCCACAAUGAGGCACAAUGCACAAAUGGCAUCAGAAUACCUGAACAAAGCGGCCAAAGAUGCAGAGACUUCCAUUAAGCAGUUGCUGACAGGAAGAGAGACUUUAUGUCUCGUAUCACAACUGCUGGGUUCCAUUGACAAGAUCACAGAGAUUCCAAAAUAACAUUGUUAUAUAUCAGUGUGUUGUGCCUUUGUUCAUCUCACUUAAUGUUUUCUCUCUUUUUUUGGCUUUUGCACACAAUCAGAUGUCUUUCACAUAUACUGAGUAAUAGUUGUUACAAUCAGAGUGUUAUUCUCUUUUGCAGUUAUACUAUUAUAUUUAAUCUUUUAACAAAUUAUUUCUUUUGCCAGUUUUCUGUCCAUUUUAAGUCAGAUCUAGAGACUGUUGUAGGUCUCUAAACUGUCACUCCAGAGCACCACCAGUCUGUUCAGGUGAAAGCUCAUGUAUGCUUUCCUCUUAUAUGGAUGCAAAAUCUUUUCAGAUUUGAAACAACAUUGUUAAACGGUUCAGUUCCCCUGGAAGAGAACACUAGCUGCUUACAUGGACACAGGAAAGUUGAACCCUGUUAUUCUUUCCCGCUAAAGCCAGUCAGCCUAUUGCACAUAUAAGGAGAGCAUAUGUCACAACUGGGAUUGUGAUCCCAGUCCAAACAUCAUAUUAAUAUUGAUGUUUCACAUGCACCUCUUCACUACAGAAGUGGUAGUGAAAGGCGUUACAUUUUACCCUGUACCAAUAUUUUAUGGUAUGCUUUUAAUUAUGUUUUCAAAAUGUGUACACUUUUGAGCACAUACAUUUUGUAAUAGUAUAUUAUACUAGUGUAAUAUGCACCAAAUCAUUUAUAAAAGGUAAAACACCAUUAAUACAUUUGGCAAGUUAACGCCACCUAUAUUGAUAUUAACAGGACUUUUUUCUUUCCCUGGAUGCUUUUAUACAUUGAUAAGUUUUGUUUUCAGUGUAUGCACUGUAUGCACGUUGCACUUCUAAUAGAUCAAGAAGUCAUAAAAAACAUCAAAUACAUUUUGCUGUGUUGUGAUUUUAUUUUAUCUUCUUGUACCCACUUACACUCUUUUAUAUCCUUGUGAUUUUGAUGACAAUAUUGUACUAAUUUAAUAACGGAGAUUAGUGGAAUUUAUUCUGUGUUUUUAGUCAUGUGUUUAUGUAUUUCGAUUUUUUUAGAAAUACUAUUUUCAAAUGAAAUGCUGUUAAGACUGAUGAAUAAAUGUAUAAA